AUUUGUUUGCCCGUCAAAGACAGUGUCAACGAUGACAAUGAAUACGCGAUUUUAAAUGCUUAUGAAUACGACCCAAAUGCUAAUCCCGAUGAUCCAAAUUUUAAACUAAAAACCGGCCUUGUUAAGAUUUAUAAAUUGGGCAAUGAUGUGGCAGAGGACCAGGGUGGUUUGCUUAUUAUUGGGCAACAAUUACGUGGAUCAAUUUGUGACGGCGUCCAUUUCGGGGGUCCGCUAUACCAGUCAGUGAACGGAGUGGCAGUACUUAUUGGUAUAGCAAUCGGUGGCACUAAUAACGGCACAUGUAUUCCAGACAACCAUGAGCAAUUCAUAAUU